AUGCGAAAUCCUGACAGAAGAAAGAACUACAAGGCAAAAUUUGGGCUGGUAUUGCGUGACCGACUAUGUGCUUGGAUCGCUAAAGUGGUGAGACGCCCGCAAAUUAAUAUUGUUCUGCCGUUAUUAAUACUCUCUAGCUUUUCCUACCACACUCUUUCAAAUUUAACUAUAACAUGGCCUACCAGCGGCUACUUGAGCAGAGUGGAAGCCUGGGACGGCGAAUCUGUUGGGGUCGAAGGUUUGCAAACUCGCAAUCUCACAAUGAUACCGAUCUUGGUUCGGUCGAUUGAUGAAAACCACAAUAUACUUGAAAAAAGAAGUCUCCUAGAAUAUAUGGCAUUUCAAAAUAAGCUCAUAGAUGGUUUUCCGCAGGAUGUGGCUCUGAAUUCUUUCUUCAGGAUAUGGGACCACUCCUUAGAUAUACUGUAUCAGGAUAAGGUUCCGCUACAAACCAUCAAUGCGAAACACAUUUUAAUUCCACCAUACUCCCUUCUGGAGACCUGGAAGGUCAAUGGUUUGAUUUCAUCAGCUGCAGGCUGCUUGAUCUCAUUAUUUACAGAUGGUAGCGACCUCCCUGAAGUCCAGCGCUUACUGCAAGAAAACAUAGCACGCCUCAACUCCAUAUCCAAUGUGACAACAUUCCAUAUUCUGGAACCACGACAGGCGAAUAGCACAUCCAAGUUUGAAGCGCUCCAAAGAUUUCGCGUUUUUGUGAUAAGGAUUGGUAAGAAUUGGAACAUCGCUCUAUCGCUGGUGUAUUUGUCGUUGUGUUUGCAUUUCUUCCUUUCUAUGAAGAUGCUCAGAAAUUCGGUCAGAUCGGUUAUCGGCAUGUCAGUUGCAAUGAUAGCACAAUUAACUUUAGUGAUAGCGUCAUCCAUCACUGUAACUGAACUGUUGUUCAAAGGAUCCGAUGAUAUUAUUCCCACUCGACUGCUUUGCUGGCCGAUCAUUUUGUUUUCGAUGAAUUCAUUCCUUAGAGCGAUACGAAGCUUAUCGGAGGAUAGCACUAAAGAAAGCCUUUCAGGACAGCACUCUGUCGAAGCCAAAAGUACCGGCACAUCCUCAACUGUGCUUGGAUCGUCAGAAAUUGAGCGCGGCUUUAUCUUCCGUCUUUCAGCUUCGCAAUUUAAAUGGUUAAAACUUCUGGUGUUAUUCUCUGUUGCAAUGGCGGUUAUGAUUCCGUUCGGUGGCAAAGCCACUCAUUUCAUCCUAUUUUCCUUGUGGCUGAAUGAACUUUUGAAUUGCUCUUUUUUCAUCGCUAUAAUAAGCCUGGAUUGGAGAGGACGUGGCGAUAAUAUUCUAGCCGAGAAGAGUAGUCACGAUGAUCUGCUGUUAGAUGCCGACGUUGCACCAAAAUUUAAUCACUUCGGUUAUGAGCAGGUUUUCCAGAUAAUGACCUCUAGUGAAAUAACCAUCAUAAUCGUUGCUUCGUAUCUGCUCCUCUGUAACAUGAGAUUUUCUCUGGCUCAAUCUUCGAGUUCAUUAUUUCGCAAGCUUCUGUCACAUGCAUGGUCCCAAUACACAUCCCUUCGCUCCCCACAGCCAAAAGUUGGCCUUGACCUGCAUUUCAUCGCCGAAAGAGCUUUCUCUCCGGACAAUUCAAAUGUAAACAAACUCCAGGUGGUAGAUCUUUCCAUAUGGAGUCCAGUAUCAGUCGUUCAGUCCGAAAGCAGUAGAGUAUUAGCAGAACUCUUGAACGAUAAAUCUGAUUUAAUGUCAUCGGACUUUUUCUAUAAAGUGGACUUUUCCUAUGCCCUUCAGUUUGCCGCCCUAAUCGUGUUGGUACUAUGCUGUACCUUGCUGGGAUUACAGAAAUUAGUAGCAAGCUCUGAAACAAGCAAAGCCGGCUUAUUUAUCGACUCAAGGAUCGAGCAUGUCUCCGAUUUCUUAGCUGCAAAGAAGACGGAUGAUGCAGGCAUCAAAUCUGGGCCGACAAAGGAGGUGAACCUCGCAAAUCUAGAUCAAUUCCAUAUGAAAGAGCUUUACAGGAAUGGCCACGGGCUGGAUAUAAUGAGAAUUACAACAUCGAAGGCGCCUUUUAUCGUUUCCGUUGGUUUAGAUCACAAAGUAUUUGUAUGGUCUCCUUUAGUGAACCCAGUUCCAGCUCCAACAAAAAUCCCUUUAGAACGCAAAUUUUGGCCACUUUCUAAAGUGCUUUUGAGCAAUGAUGGAAACCUUGUUGCCUUUUUCGGGAAGAAUGGAAACAUAUCUACUUGGUCCAGAAGGGAUAUGAAGUUCAUAUGGGAGGUAAAGCUCAAGGAUUUAGCGGACAGUAAUGUGCUCAAAGCAAACCUUUUGGAAGCUCUUUUCAGGAAAAUUACAGUACCUGCUUUCAAAAAGAAGCGGCUUCAAAACUCUACAAAACAAAGCGAAAUUAGCGUUGGAAAAGUUAAGUCGGUUUCAUCUGAAUAUGUGCCAGUAGUGGCUGGGGGACUCGAUACUACUUAUGAAAAUCCCAACAAAAAGACUAAUGAAGGAGAUGAAAUGAGUGAACUGGUUUUCGUGACCUCUAUGGGCUUGAUAUACAGCAUUCGAGAAGACGGUGUCUUAGCAGUCGAGAGGCUAACUCCAUCGAAGCAUCGACUGACAUCUUGCAAAGUUCUAUCAUCUCCUAGAGUGAACGACAGGCUGGUUAUAUGCGACGAGGCUGGAGAUAUUUAUAUUGCUACCGUUGUGAAUAACAAAUGGCGGCCAAAUAAGUUGAAGGUCAAUUACGAUCGAAUCUUAAAACCUCGCUCUGUUACAUGCGAACUAACAAACCAUUCGACGUCAAAUAAUAAUGUGACCGGAAUCAUGCGGGAAACAGAUAAUACGAUUGAACUGGUUCAGUUUGUUGGGCUACUUGUGCGUGUUUUGGGUAAAACAGCUGACCUUAUAGACGCUCAGACCGGAACUGUUAUUAAAAGGUUUAAAAUUGAUCACUUCAAACCUAACACUCUUCGUGUAUUUCACGAUAACCCGACUCACUGUAAGUUCUGUGGCAGUGCAUCGGUAGCUUCGUUCUCUAUUGCUUACACGGACGCAGUAUCUGACCGCGUUACCAUGCACACUUACAAGCUAGAAAGCAGAACUAAAACUAGUAUAUGCCUAAGAGUUGAACGUGAUUUGAGGGAAAUCCGUUGUUUAGGAAUGGAAUCUGCCGUUGAGACCGUGCAUUACCUAUACGAUAUAGAAGACUGGUGUGUUACAGAUAGUAACAUGUUAAUCGGCAUACGUAAAGUGCCACAAAUGCUUGAGUCCUCGAAGGCUGGCUCUUCAAGCAUGACAAGAAGCCUAGUGCACGAUGGAGUUGCCUUACAACAAAGAAAGAACAGCAAACAGGAAUUCAGUGAUAUUCAUUCCGGAUCCCAUCUCAUCCAUAAUAUUUGGGAAGGUUGGACGAUGUCUGCUGGUGGAAAGAUUUUAUUUCACAAGAUACCGGUAGGCGUAACUGGAUUAGUAACGGACAGAUUAGGCCCGCUGAGUAAAUUCGGUGUCAAAGCUGUCGUUGUUGGCUUCGGGAACAUCAUGGAUAUGCUUUACGUGGGCAGCGAAGAUCUGAUAUUCAGCACUGAGACGAGUGACAGCAACAAAGAGGAGACGAGCUUGAGAUUCGUGAAUAACCGUAGAGACAGAUUUUCUCAUAAAAGGAUGCCUCUCAAUUACGGCAAUUUGGGGUAG